GGGAGGAGAAGGGGCGGGAGCCGGAGGAGUGGGUGGGGUUUGCUGGAAGCGCCCGUGCCGAUUGGUGGGCGGGAGGGACGGAGGGGCGGAGCCGAGCUGAGGUGAGGGCGGGGCUGCGGGGGCUGAGGCGUGUGAGGGGACCUGCGCUACCUGAGGAGACCUGCGCUACCUGAGGAGACCUGCGGCGUGGGGAAGGUCGUGGGGGCCGCAGAACCUGCAGGGCUGUGAGGGGUCUGGGGAAUCAAGUUGAUAGUGAAUCAUCUGAGAAAUGGCUACACGCCUCAGAUCGGCUGGCAAGAAAUGUACGGUGAUCGGUGGGUCGGGAUUCUUAGGCCAGCACAUGGUGGAGCAGCUCCUGGAGAAGGGUUACGCGGUCAACGUGUUUGAUAUUCAGAAGAGGUUUGAUAACGCCAGAGUGCAGUUCUUCCUGGGAGACCUUUGCGACAAGGAGGCUUUGCUCCCAGCUUUACAAGGCGUGUCGGUGGCUUUUCAUUGUGCAUCACCAGCACCUUCAAGUGACAACAGGGAGCUGUUUUAUAAGGUGAAUUUUAUGGGGACCAAAGCAGUCAUUGAAGCUUGUAAAGAAGCUGGAGUGCAGAAACUGGUGUUAACUAGCAGUGCCAGUGUAGUUUUUGAGGGCACAGACAUAAAAAAUGGAUCAGAAGACCUCCCUUAUGCAAAAAAACCUAUCGACUAUUACACAGAGACGAAGAUCCUGCAGGAGAAGGAAGUGCUCAGUGCAAAUGACCCAGGCAACAAUUUCUUCACCACUGCUAUUCGUCCUCAUGGAAUAUUUGGUCCUAGAGACCCUCAGCUGGUUCCCAUCCUCAUCCAAGCAGCUAAGAGCGGCAAAAUGAAGUUCAUAAUUGGGGAUGGAAAGAACUUGGUGGAUUUCACCUAUGUGGAAAACGUGGUCCAUGGACACAUCCUGGCUGCAGAAAAGCUUCAGAAAGACUCACCCCUGUGCGGGAAGGCAUUUCAUAUCACAAACGAUGAACCAGUUCCUUUCUGGGCUUUCAUGUCCCGUAUUUUGACUGGCUUGAACUACGAUCCUCCCAAGUACCAUAUUCCCUAUUGGCUGGCGUAUUACCUGGCCCUGCUCUUGUCUCUGGUGCUGUGGCUGCUGAGUCCUCUGGUCACCAUCAAGCCCACUUUCACCCCCAUGCGGGUGGCGUUAGCUGGAACAUUUCACUACUACAGCUGUGACCGGGCCAAAAGAGACAUGGGCUACAAACCAGUGGUGAGCUUGGAUGAAGCGAUAGACAGGACUCUGCAGAGCUACCCCCACCUACGCCGGGCUAAGGCCUGAGAAGUCCUAGAUGGAUUUUUUUCUACUUGAUUUUCAUAAUUGCUUUGACAUUUUAACAUGAACACUGAAGCAAAUUUCAUUAGUCCUCUGGAACAGGGUGUUUUCCCAGAGUCCCUCUUCCACUUCACCAUUAUCUGGGUUGAAAAAAAACCUCGUGUAGGAGCUGUGCUAACAGUUCUUGUCUUUGAUGUGACAUCUUGUUUUGAAACAACUGCUGAACCAUACGGACGAUGAAUAAACACCCUGCUGUGCCCUCUUCAAUCCCAACCCAGUGCAUCAACAUUCCUUCGUCUUCUCUCUCCACCCUUGUCCUCUUGUUUUGUUGCUCUGGUGAUAACAGCUACUUCUUCCCAUAGCUGUAGACUGGUUAAUGAAAUACUUCUCCUGGCUGGUUCUUCUCUGUGGACUGGCUUUUUUCUGUCCAAGUGUGAUGAAAGAGAGGCUCGUGCCAAAAAGGAGCUCUGCCACCACCUCUUAAAUCAUUGAAGCUCAUUUUGUUAUUCCCUCUGUGAUUGGUGGGUGAUUUGGCUUCUUACUGAGGCAUCAGAAGUAAACCUGACAAGAGGUGCGCUGGGCUUCUCUUUGUAAGGAAGCACGUGCCUUUGUUUCUGCAGGAGCCUAUUUCUACUCAAAAAUAAGACAAAUAAAUCAAGAAGAGAUGACUUCCUAA